AUGGAUAUAGAAAACAACCAUUCGGUUGCUGAGAGCGCAAGACAGGGACCAAAAAGGAGGUUGUCACAUCUCUUCAGACGUCGGUCACUGUCCUCUUCGCCACGAACUUCAAAGCUCAAACUCAAGGAUGUUCUGGUGCCAUACCAGCUAGGCAAUUUGGAGGUGGACAGUAGCUACCAAGAGUUCAAGUCACAAGUGUCAAAGGAGUCGAAAUACUCACAAAUUGUGCGACUGGCCGAACGACAGUCGCAACUUGUUUCAAACCGCUCUUCUUCCAAUGUUGUAGAUCAAGAACCAAGAGAUCAUUCAGCGUCGCUCACCUCGUUCGGAUCAAGUGUCCACAUAGAAGAGGCCGUCCCAGUCACAGCCAUAUCACCAAGUCCAGUACGGCCCCUCAUCAGUGUUCCUCCAUUACCUGCCCCUUCUCCGAAAAAAGCGACUUCCAUUGGCACUGAAAACAAUUCCCCAGUGCCACAAAAAUUUAUCCUUGUGGAUCGGCCCGAUUGCGAAGGAUCCCCAAAAAUCCCACAUAAGCAAAAGGACGCGCAAAACCCUUUUUCAUUUGAAAACCAGUCCUCUUCUGUGUCGCCUGACAGAUUAUCGUUAAGGGAUCAAACAGGAGAAAUACUCAAUCUGUACCAGAAUUACGCAGCUGGUGAGAUGGGAGCCAACGCAUCGAGAGAGUCAAUCGUCGGAGACCACGAAAUAAAAACCAGUACAAAUACGCCUAAAAAAGAGCCCGGCGCUAUUGGCGUUCCCGCCACACCCCAAUCACUGCACCGCGAUAUCUCUUCCAGCAGUUACCCCGUGAGCAGUUUUGCCACACCGCGUCUGGACGAGGACAACGAAUGUUUCAUUGACUGGAGCGACUCCGAUGGGCCAGAACGACGCGACUCCGGAAAACGGAUCGUCGAGACGUUCCGAAGCCUGUCGAUUUCGAAGCGGUCGAAAAAUAGUCCGCGCUCAAGCCAGCCCAGCUCUAAGCGAGCAUCCAUAGUGACCUCCGCCAUAUCGACUCCACGACUUGCCUCAUCAACUACCGAGUUACCCGAGAAACUGGUUUUGCGGUCACCAUUCCGAAGCCAUUCCGAGCAGCUACCAACGUCACCGCAUCGGUCGGUAAACCCUCCGGAAGAGCCACAGCUUGCUUCUCCCAGGCCGCCAAGCCGUCCUCGGUCUGCAAGUAUCGGUGUGGAUACAACAAAGCCCACUAGAGCCCAGCCCAAUUUCAAAUACUACUACAUGUAG